UUCAUUUGAAUGCAAGAACAUUCUUUAAGAUAGGAACAACGUGCUAUUGUGUUCGGCCGCUGUUCAGACUUCACCUGUAGACGCACCUGUCCGUCGUACCUUGACACCUUCGCCGACAUAAUAAAUCACGACCAGGAAGGGUUUUUUUUCUCUCUCCUGAGGUCUCAUGACGAUGACGUAAUGAGGAAUGCGGACCACAAAUGCACUGUCAAGAGUAUCUGACCUGAAAACAAAUUGAACGAGAGCAAUGCUGCAGAAAAUGUUCCGUCUGCUCUGCUGUUGCUGCUUCUCAAGCGACAGCUCGAACAACGAGAGGCAACCUCUCCUGCCACCCAGACCAUCAUCUGAAGUUGGUGAAGCUGGAUCAGCUAGACAACACCGUCCAGCAUAUAGCAAUGUUCAGGCAGGGAAACGUAUUGGAAAGCUGACAAUGAGGCGCGUGAACGUGCCAGAGCUGGAUCGGAGGUUCACCGACACGGCCGAGACCUUCAACGAGCAGCAGGACCGCUACGAGGCCAUGCUCCGUCACAUCAGAAACCUGCAACAGAGCUGCGAUUGUGUCGGUGCCAAUGACCUGGAUUUUGCUGAAUGUGUGAGGAAGAUCAGGGAGGAGCAGGAGGCCGCAUACAGGAUCUCCCUCAAGACAAAGGGCUAUGAUUUCUCCCUCACUGUUGAGCCAGUGGGUUCAGGGGGUAAGGAUGAAAAAGAGCAGCUGCCAGCUCCUCUGCGACAGGCUCAGAAUGAAGUCAAGGGGAUUUCUGAAAGCUCCAAAGCCACCAUCUCAAAGGGCACCACGCUGCAAGAACUUAUUGGCUGGUUGCUCCGUAGCCAGAGUCAAAUGGCUGAACAGGUGAAAGGUGCAGCAGAAACUUACCAAGAACAAGGAAGACUAAUCGAGAACCUCGAGGAGAACCUGAGGGAAGUGAGAAGAGCGAAGGAGUUAUCGCAGGGAUACAGGCAACAUGCUGGGAGUGUUCUCACUGAGGCGGCACAGAUAGCGGGGACUCACCUGUAGCCAACAGGUGAAGGCCUUAUUGGUACUGACCAAUACAGAAUGCAUACAAGGGAAAUGUUCUCCCCAAUAGAAUGAACCUUUUGGAAAUUGCAGAAUACAUGAUUCUUUAUUUGGAUUUGUCAGUAGUAAUUUUGUGCUUCAUAAUUGCUCUUAUUAUUGUAUGCGUGUACCCUCUAGGUAAAUGAUUUUUCUUGCUUAUAAUAUUGUGUGCAUUUGUAGCCAUUUUACAUGUUUUAUUUUAUUUUAUUCCACCGUUUGACAUAUUUUUUAAUGUAUUUUUUGUUGUCAUUUUGCUUUAUAAUGUGAUCCAUUUAACACAGGUGUACGUAUACACGCAUUUUUUGUAGAAUCAUUAUCUACCACAAGGGGGCACUAAAAGCUCAAUUUUGACAUCGACAUCAGGCUUUCCUGUCAGAAUAUGUCGUUUUACACUGAGACUGCAGAUUGUGUAAAUUUAUGUUGCAAAUAGCAGUGUUUGCUGCUCAGAAUUGUAAAAAUUACUUUUGAAUAUACUCAAUUAUUGAUUUACAACCUACCAGACCAUUUGGUUUGAGAACUGGAAAAUAUUGUUUUUUUUUUAUAUAAAUCUUAGGAAGGAACUGGAUGCAAUUAACUGUGGUAAAAGUUGUGAACUUGGCUGCAGGUUUGCAAUGGUUGUUUACUGAGUGAUUUGUCCACUGAAACACAAAUAGGAAACAGAUUUACAGCUUAUCCACAGAAGCAGCAUUAUGUUUAUUAGUUGUUAAACAGAAGCUAUUAAGGGAAAAGCUGACAAACACAUGGUCAUACGCCAUCUUGAUUAUUAACUCUAGAAAAUCCACUAUGGCAGGAGCCAUUGGCAAAUGGUCAUGGAUUAUUAUCAAGUGACAGGCUUUUGUAGAGAGGUAGUUUAAACUUCAGUGGAUAAUAAUGUGGGAUGACGUGAAAAGACAUUUUAAUUUAACAGAAAGACAAUCAACUUUACAGGAAUGUAAAAAUGUAUUUUCAAAAACUGUAUUAAACGAUUAGAAGCUCUUAGCUGAUAUUUACUGUGACAAGUCAAAAAAGGUAUAUUUAAAAUUUCUUGUGAAGAACAUUUCAGUAUUCUCAACCAGACUAACCGAGAACAAUAAUCUGUAUUAGAAAUAAAUAAACAGAAGUCUGUG